AUGGGCUCCGAUAUUCUCAUGCCUGCCGCGGCAUAUAUUACCAUGGCACUAGAGGCUAUGUAUCAGAAGCACUGUGCUCUGAGUCCGGAGUCAGGUGCCAUUACAUCUCCUGGCCAGCUGGCGUAUCGGUUCCGCAACAUCCGGUUUGAACGCGCUCUUGUCGUUGAGAAGGGCAAGCCCAUUCCUAUCAUUGUGUCCCUCCCGCCUCUGGCAGGUAGUGUGGAGUGGCACCAGUUCCGCGUGUCCAGUGAGGUUGAUGGCGUUGUCACACAGCACUGCCAAGGUCUCGUCCGUGUUCUUGAUGAACCCGUGAAGGAGCAAAUCACUGGGACCCAGCUUGCACCUCUACAGCACCCUUCGUCUUCCAAGCUGUGGUACAAGGCCCAGAACGAGAUCGGCAUGGGAUUUGGACCGGCAUUCCAGAAGAUCAGGAGUAUUGAGGCGACCAGUGGCCAACGAACUUGCCGCACGCGAGUGUCGCUGGACCCUCCCAAGUCCAAAUGGGACCCUCAGUCUUACUACCCCAUUCACCCUGCUGUCUUGGACUCGUGCUUCCAAAGCGUCAAUCCUGCUCUGGUGGCUGGUGAGCGCAGCAGGAUCCAGGAUAUUAUGAUUCCCUCAAUAUUGGACGACGUGGUCAUCAAUAGCACGCGAGCUGUCGGUUCCGAUGACGAGGGCCUGGCUUUGGCGGAGGCGGUCUUCACGGAGCGAGGCCGAAAGGACCAGCUGAAGAGCUACGUUUCCAAUGUGAGCAUGUAUGAUCCUGAGAACGGAUCCCUGCUGGUGCGUGCUCGUGGUCUCCAUAUCACCAAGUUAGACGUGGGACCCCUCCCGGAUCCCCAUACAUUCCACCGCGUCUCGUGGAAGCCCGACAUCUCCUUCAUGACUCAGGACCAACUUCUGCAUAUCGACGAGCAUGCCUCUGAUGACACCUCAAAGGACAAGGUGGAUUCAAUCAUCGACCUUGUUGCUCACAAAAUCCCCACACUCAAGGUCCUCGAAGUCAAUCUCAACCGAGAGGACUCCUCAAGCCGGUGGUUCCAGGCGACGGACUUCUCCGCCAGAUCAGCCUACUCACGCUACGAUUUCACUUCCAUUGAUGCCAAAGCGAUCGUGGGUGCUCAGGCGCAGUAUGCCUCUCGGAAGAGCGCCUCAUUCUCCUUGAUCAACCCUGCACAGGAAGCUCUCGGUCUCGCAGCUGAUGGCUUCAGGUUCGAUCUGGCUAUCGUCAAAGCACCUAACAAGACUGAUGUCGCUGUAGAGGAGAUCUUCCGAAACUUGAAGCCUCUUCUCGCGUCUGGUGCUUUUACCUUGCUCUUGAUCCCGCAACCCGGGCCUCACGGCAGCCUAUCGCGUCCCAUCUAUGACUGGAGCAAUGAAAUUGACACUCCGAACGAGACAGGUCAAGGUAGUUCAUCGGCCUCAGACGGACCCAACACACCUACGAGCGAACAAUCAGAGACCACUCCCCCAAGCUCGGUUGCCUCAUCCGUCAACUUGAAGGCGCUCGCUGGUCUGGGUGAACUGAGCCACGUUUGGUCCCGACGUACUGUGCACUAUCUCGAAAAGGCCGGUCUGCUUGGAUCAGUCGUCGAGAUUGACUCCGCUGCCGAAGGGGGUGUGUUCGCAUACCUAGGUCAAAACCCUCAGGUCGACGAGUCCAGCGAACAGGCAAACUCGGAGCUCUUGGUGGUCCGGUUCGAUGAAACCACUCCUCGUCUGACGUCGAACCUGCGAGAGAAUCUCGAAUCCGCGGGCUGGAAGGUCUCCCACCGCGGCGCCACCAAGCUCACUCCGGCCGAUCUUGCUGCGCAGCCAGUUGUGCUUGUGCUCGAUGAGCUGACCAAGCCGCUCUUGACUCGCAUCAAUGAGGAACAGUGGAACUCGCUGAAGGAACUCGUUAGCUCAGGCACCCCCGUCGUCUGGGUGACCAAAGGAGCGCAACACAACCGAGUCACGAACCCCAACCGAGCCAUGGUACACGGGCUGUUCCGAGUCGCUCGACGAGAAGACCCGACGGCCAAGCUCACCGUGCUGGAUGUGCAGUCUGCCACGAGCCAGGCUACGGUCGUGGCCAUCGAGCAGGUGCUGGAGUCUUUGCGUCAGGGCAAGCUGCCGUCUGCUGAGACGGAAUACGCUGAGCGAGACGGUGUGAUCUAUACGCCGCGAGUCCUCCCUGAUGCGGAAGUGAAUGUGUUCAAGCGCGCCGAGCUCGAGGGACUUGAGCCUGUCGUCAAGGGGCUUCACGAGACAGAUGUGCAGGUUCAUAUCCACGGCGACCGCGUUGGCACUCUGGACCUCACCUGGUGCGAGGAGGAAUCGGUACAGGCAGAGCUCGCGCCUGGAUACAUCGAGGUCGAGGUCAAGACGGUCGGAGUCAACUUCAAGGACGUGGCGACCAUUAUGGGAAUUGUUCCCGAGAAUGAAUUCACCAUUGGCUGUGAGUGCGCAGGUCUGGUAAGACGUUUGGGACCGGGAGUCACGAAAUUCAAUGUCGGCGAUCGUGUGGCAGUCAUGAGCAAGGGUACGUAUGCCAACCGUGUGCGCGUUGAAGAUGGUCGUGCCCAUCGCAUCCCGUCCUGGUUGAGCUAUGAGGAUGCUGCAACGAUUCCUCUUGUUUACAUGACUGCGCUUCACUCGCUGUACAACCUAGCCAACCUGAAAGAGGGCCAGUCAGUCUUGAUUCACUCCGCCGCUGGUGGUGUUGGUCUGGCCGCCAUCCAGUUGAGUCAGUACAAGAAGGCCGAGAUAUUCGUGACAGUUGGCACGACAGAGAAACGCGAGUUCUUGGCCAGCACCUUUGGCAUUCCUGACGACCACAUUUUCUCCUCGCGCGACACCAAGUUCGCUGAACAGAUCAUGCAGGCCACCAAUGGUCGCGGAGUGGAUGUGAUUUUGAACUCGCUGAUUGGCGAGCUUCUCGACGCGUCCUGGAGAAUUUGCGCUGACGGUGGAACCAUGGUGGAGAUCGGCAAGCGAGACAUUGUCGAUCGCAACUCCCUAUCCAUGGAGCCCUUUGAUCGCAACUGCUCGUUCCGCGCGAUUGAUCUGUCGUAUACCAAGCACUUUACUAGCGAGGCCUCUGCCGCCUUGUUGGACGAGAUCUUUACGCUGGUUGAGGGCCGCCAUAUCGGACCCAUUCACCCUGUCACCACUUAUGGCUUCGAUUCGGUUGCCGCCGCCCUGGCUCACAUUCGUCGAGGACAACACAUUGGAAAGAUCGUUAUUACGAAUGGUGAUGAGCCCGAUGUGCAGCUGCCGAUCCGUCCAGCUUUGCAGGGCCUGACUUUGAGGCCGGAUGUUUCCUACUUGAUUGUUGGCGGUCUUAAGGGCCUGUGUGGCAGUCUGGCUAUUCAUCUGGCCAACCAUGGAGCCCGUCACAUCAUCGCCUGUAGUCGCAGUGGCCUGGGUGAUGAGGCCUCAGCCCGGAUUGUUAGGAACUGCGAAGCGCUUGGCUGCAAGGUUGUGGACGCUCGUGGCGAUGUAUCGGACAGUGAGUUUGUGCGACGCGUCUUCAAGUCGGCCAGCCCCAGAAUUGGUGGCCUGAUCCAGGGAGCUAUGGUUCUGAGAGACAAACCCUACGAGAUCAUGACCCAUGAAGACUACCAUGUCGGUAUUGAAGCCAAAGUCCAAGGAACCUGGAAUCUCCACCACGCGUCUCACGACAUGGAGAUUCAAAAAGAGCCCCUCGACUUCUUCACCAUGCUCUCCAGUGUGUCGGGCGUGAUCGGCAACAAGGGACAGGCCAACUACUCGGCUGCCAAUACCUUCCUGGAUGCCUUUGCCAGCUACCGGCUCUCACUCGGCCUAGCCGCCAACACUGUCGAUCUGGGCGCUAUCCAAGACGUCGGAUACGUGGCUGAGACGGGCGACAGUCUUGAGUCUCGCUUCUCAACCAAGCAGUGGACACCCAUCAAUGAGGGCGUCCUGCGCAAAAUCCUCACCUAUUCUAUCCUCCAGCAGCAGCAUCGCACGCACCUCAGUUCCAGUCCUCAGCUGAUCACUGGUAUUGCUUACCCUAUGCACGCUUCAACCUCGGACGUUGCGGGCGAUCCACGCUUCGGGUACCUGUUCGCCGACGAAGGCGACGACGCGGGUGAGGGCGAGGGUGCUGGCGGUGAUGAGGUCGAGCAAGCUGCUAAGGCUUUCCGGUUGAUGGUCUCCCACCUUACGGCUGAUGCUGACGCCUCGUCGCUUGUCGGGCCCGCUGUGUCUCUGCUCGCCGCCCAGGUUACCAAAGUUCUGAGACUGGAGACCGAAGUUGAGAGCGGAAAGCCCUUGGCUGCGUACGGUCUGGAUUCGCUGUCCGCUGUCGAAAUUCGGGGUUGGGCACGGACAAAGCUGGGUGCGGAUCUCAGUACACUGGAUAUUACGCAUGCUGCUUCUAUCUUUGCUUUGGGAGAGAAGAUGGUUGCCAAGCUGGUGCCUAAAUGAGAU